AUGACUCAUAAACUGCCACUAUAUACGCCAAAAAUAUCUCUCUAUUCGGAAGUAGAAUUGGACGAAUACUGUUAUUCCAAAGAUAUGAAUACUUUGGUUACAAAUUCGAAAUUACUAAUUCAUCCAUUAGAAAACUGUUCAUAUAAAAGUCAGAAUCAAAGAGUCAAACCAUCACACAGCAAAUACAUUUAUUCUGAUAGACCAAAAUUCCAACGGAGAAGCCACCGAUAUGUAAAAAAGCAAAAGAGCGCUAAAGUUGUGAAUCACUCGGCUUCUAAAAGUAUCAAAACACACGCUCCAAAGGAAAAAAACUUAAAUGGUUUUAUACAACAAGUCGAAACUCCAAUUGUUGAUACCCAAAUCAUACAACAAACACCACCUCCUGUUUCCCAAAUUUCACAACCAUCAAUUCCAAUACAACCAACACAAAAUGAUGAAAAUGUGCUCAGUGGAAACUUAGAUGUGAUACAAGACUCAACACCAUCUCAUCUGUUUAUACAAACACCCUUUUUCGAAUAUAAACCAAAUCAACAAUUUCAUAUUCAACAAAUACAACAAAAUGUCGGUGUUGCUGAUCAGUUAAAUUCUCAAUUCUUAACGCAAAUUCCAACAACACAACAGAACCAACAACAAGAAAUCACAUCUGUUUUUGAUACUGGUAUAAACCAAAAUACACCGUUUGUCAAUCAACAACCAACGGUUGUUCAACAACAAGCAAAUACGUCAAUUGGAACAGCUUUACCAACAAUGCCAGUCGCAAAUCAAAACACUCUUCCUGUCGAUGUUAUACAGAACAACAUCAAAAAUGUAUUUCAACAGAGUCAAAGUCAACAAGUUACCAACCCAUUCAUCAACCCAAAUGUGGACCCAAAUGCUAUUGUAGACAUACAACAAUACAAUAAUCAAAUAUUUAAUAAUACUUCUUCAUUGAUGCCAAAUCCAACUCAAAACGCACCACCAAUGAAUGUUCAACAAAAUACUUUUCAACAAAAUUCUCUUCAACAGAGUCAAAGUCAACAACAAGUAACCAUCCCCAUAACUGAUACAAAUGUGAACCAAAACACGGUUGUUCAACAACAAACAAGCCAACCAAUUGGAACAGCUUUACCAACAAUGCCAGUCGCAAAUCAAAACACACUUUCUGUCGAUGUUCAACAAAAUCCUCUUCAACAGAAUGUUUUCCAACAAAGUCAACCACAAACAUAUCCUCCUGUUAUCAACCAAAAUGGUAAUCAAAAUACACUUAUUAUGGAUAACCAAAACACUUUUGUUCAACAACAAGGAAACCAACCAACCGGGAUAGACACAAUGCAAAGUACAAAUCAACAUCCACUUUAUGUUACAUCAGCACCGGGUAUUGUCAUAGAACUAAACAAAAAUACGAUGACAACAACCGAAGACAAUACUCUAAGGAAUCCAGAACAAGUAAACCAAUACAAUACAGAAUGUGUCCCAACAAAUGAGGAAUUGGAAGCCUUUUAUCAUGGACGACCAAUAGAUACCCGACAAAAUGAAGUUAAUGGUGCAAUGAAAGAAGAUGUAAUAAAACGAGGAUUUUCUUCCCUUGACAUCAAUGAAAUGUUUUAUCAUAGAUAUUCGAAAUAUUAUUAUAUCGAUUGGAAAACAAAACAACUGUUUUAUCAUAUUGGACCAAUUGAAAACACCCCUCGGGUACUUAAAGAAUUGAGUUAUUCGGAAUAUUAUUAUCUUAAACUCUACGAUGGAGUCAUUGAUGAUGAACUGUUUGGAAAAGUACGUAACUUCUAUAAAAGAGAUCAAACAAUCGACUUAACCGAACUUAUUCAGGACAAACAAAAAGAAAAAACAUAUGGCGGCCACUCUGUAUUCGCGUUCUUGUAUGGAAAUAAAAUGGAAAUGGCUAAUUAA